AUUUCAUUUCUACUCGUCAUCAGUGAGAAAAGACAGAAGUUUAACAGAGAGAUUCUUCAUUUGUUGAUGCUAGAAUUCAACACCGAGAACUUUAAACACAUACACGCUGUUUUCUUGUGUUAUCGAUCAGUCUGCACGUGAAACUCCGAACAGUCUCCAGUUUUUCUUUUCUUUCUUGUUUUGGAUGUCCCUUCAUGCGUGUUUGCCAAGAGAAAGAGAAUUGCGCGGAAUCUCGUCCAAUAAAAGUCACAGAAAGUCGCUGAGAGUCUCUAUAUCAGAAUAUCUUCACCCCAUAGCUGUUUUGGUACUGUGUGGGUAACUAUGGCGACCCGAGGCCACGCCUCCAGCUCAUUAAUGAGUAAUCACACUAAGGAGCGAGUGACCAUGGCCAAGGUCACGCUGGAGAACUUCUACAGUAACCUCAUAGCCCAGCAUGAAGAGAGAGAGAUGAGGCAACAAAAGCUGGAGAAGGUUAUGGAUGAAGAAGGACUGCCUGAUGAAGAGAAACGCAUGCGACGUUCACAACACGCUCGUAAAGAGACAGAGUUUCUCAGACUAAAGAGAACUAGACUGGGUUUGGAUGACUUUGAAUCUCUGAAGGUGAUUGGACGAGGAGCGUUCGGAGAGGUACGUUUGGUCCAGAAGAAGGACACAGGCCACGUUUACGCCAUGAAGAUUCUUCGUAAAGCCGACAUGCUGCAGAAGGAGCAGGUGGGCCACAUCCGUGCAGAGCGAGACAUCCUGGUGCAGGCAGACAGCUUGUGGGUGGUGAAAAUGUUCUACAGCUUUCAGGAUAAAAUGAAUCUCUAUUUACUGAUGGAGUUUCUGCCUGGAGGUGACAUGAUGACUUUGCUGAUGAAGAAAGACACCCUGACUGAAGAGGAGACACAGUUUUAUGUGGCUGAGACCGUUCUGGCUAUAGAUUCCAUCCAUCAGAUGGGCUUCAUACACCGAGACAUCAAACCAGACAACGUCCUGUUGGACUCAAAGGGUCAUGUCAAGCUGUCUGAUUUUGGUUUGUGCACGGGACUCAAAAAAGCUCAUCGGACCGAAUUCUACCGGAACCUAAGUCACAGCCAAUCCAAUGACCUGACGUUCCAACAUAUGAACUCAAAGAGAAAAGCGGAGACCUGGAAGAGAAACAGGAGACAGCUGGCCUUCUCCACCGUGGGAACGCCAGACUACAUUGCACCUGAGGUCUUCAUGCAGACCGGCUAUAAUAAACUCUGUGAUUGGUGGAGCCUCGGCGUCAUUAUGUACGAGAUGUUGAUCGGUUAUCCUCCGUUCUGCUCAGAAACUCCUCAGGAGACUUACAAAAAGGUGAUGAGCUGGAAGGAGACACUGGUGUUUCCUCCCGAGGUACCGAUCUCAGAGCGAGCUAAAGAACUCAUCCUCAGGUUCUGCUGCGAAGCCGAUCAUCGCAUCGGAGCCGCCGGCGUGGAGGAGAUCAAGAGAAACGCUUUCUUUGAAGGGGUGGACUACGAUCACAUCAGAGAGAGACCUGCUGCCAUCCCUAUUGAAAUCAAAAGCAUUGAUGACACAUCAAACUUUGACGAGUUUCCAGAGUCUGAUAUCCUACAGCCAACAAGUUCACCGGUGGCCACCAAUCAUCCUGAGUCUGAUUAUAAAAACAAAGACUGGGUUUUUGUUAACUACACCUAUAAACGCUUUGAAGGUUUGACAGCCAGAGGAGCGAUUCCAUCAUACAUGAAGACUGGGAAACGAUGAACAGAUCUUCAUCUCUAUCUGUUUCUGCACAGAUGAAAUCCAUCACACCGUUUGAUAUCAGAGGAUUUUUCUCAUUUUAUUGUUUUGUAGUAAUGCUCGCUUCUGUCUCGGCCAUACCAAAGAAAACAUUUUUAUCUGAGUCUGGUCAUCUCCCAGCUGUCGCUCUGGGCCUUAGAGAAACAUUUUUGCACUGCUGGAUAAGCGUUUCAUUUUCCUCCAUUAUGGUUAGAAUGUAGAUUUGUGGUGAGAUGCUUUAGAAUAGAUCCAAAACACCAAAACAUUUCUCUUUUUUGAGCUCUAUAAACAUUUCAUGUCUGCUUUUAUAUAUUUAUAUAUAUAUAUAUAUUUUGUGCCUUAUAACUUUAUAUCUUGACAGAUAACUUUAUCGUGCAUUUUUUUAUUGAGCCUCUAUAUUUUAUUGACAAAUUAUGGGUGAAAUCCCAUGAAUGCAACGCAAGUGUUUUUGAUCCGUGUUCAUACUACAUGGAUGUUAUAUUGUUUUUUUUGCAUGUGUUUGUGCCUUUUAAUCUUCUUUGUUUUUAAGCUUUUAUUGGUAUGCAAGUUUGUGACCAAAUUUGACUCUGAUUUGACUUUCAAAGUUACAAUCAGAGACGGUCACAAGGGUACAGUGCUGUAGAUCUGCCAAACAUUCACUUUAUAAACAUGUUAUAUCGGUACAAUUUAUAAAGCAUGAGCUGUAAAAUAUCUUGAAUGUAAGGGUUGCGUCCUGAUGGAUUCUUGAAACAUUUUCCAAAUGUUUUUAUAUCUUUGCUGGCCAACAUUCAGUGCUGGAUCAUUAAGAGAUAUUUUUAUACAGAUAUGAGCUGUAGUUUAGAUGAAUGAUGUUUGACUGGGGCAGAUAAACAUUACUUCAGUAUUAGCAUCAUUUCUUCAUGAAUGAAGAUUUUGGUCAAAUGUUUAUCAACAUGUAAUAAAAU